AUGACCAUGGAAGAGGACGAAGAUACCGUCAUGAGAGAUGCGGGCUCUCACCACCCCAAAUCUGCCACUUCUCUUCAAUUGGGAGGCAAUGGCCCCGCUCGGCAAGAUAUCCCUGGCCACCUGAACGGUGGAUCUGAUCCGUAUUUAGCCCAACCACUCUUGGGGCAGUCAGUGAAGAUGCCUGUGCUGGCUGGGUCUGUGAACUUGCAAUCGACUGGAGAUGCGCUCUCAGUAGAGAACCAGGGCGCUUCGCCACCAAAGAGUCUGACGAAGCCAAUCGAUUCUAGUGAUGCUGUUGCGUCUUAUGAUUCUCAGAAGCAAGAUAGCCUAGUCGAGGAGAAUUCUGACUGGUCUGACGAGGAUGCGACUGCUCGUCCUGGUCUCCCGCUUGCGUCGCUCCCAUCAGGACUCUGCUAUGACGUUCAAAUGCGCUAUCAUUGCGAAGUACGGCCGACUGCAGAUGCCCAUCCUGAAGACCCAAGAAGAAUUUAUUACAUUUUCAAAGAGCUCUGCCGAGCAGGACUCGUCGAUGACCCGGAAUCGUGUCGGCCUCUCGUGGCCCGGCCGCUUAGACGUAUUAAUGCACGCAAUGCGACCGAGGAAGAAAUAUCUUUGGUUCAUACACCGGAUCAUUAUGCCUUUGUUGAAAGUACAAAAGAUAUGUCAGAUGAUGAGCUUAUCGCUCUGGAGCACACACGUGAUUCCAUAUAUUUUAACAAGCUUACUUUUGCAUCUUCCUUACUGUCCGUUGGAGGCGCUAUUGAAACGUGCCUGGCUGUUGCAACUCGCAAAGUGAAGAAUGCUAUCGCUGUUAUCCGGCCUCCCGGGCACCAUGCGGAGCAUGACAAGACAAUGGGUUUCUGCUUAUUUAACAAUGUUUCUGUUGCAGCACGAGUUUGUCAGAGACAGCUUGGAGAUAGCUGUAGGAAAAUUCUGAUUCUUGAUUGGGAUGUGCAUCACGGAAACGGUAUUCAGAAAGCAUUCUAUGAUGACCCUAAUGUUUUAUACAUGUCUCUUCAUGUUUAUCAAGAUGGAAAGUUUUAUCCUGGAGGAGACGAAGGUGACUGGAACCACUGCGGCACCGGGCCUGGAACAGGAAGAAAUGUCAAUAUACCUUGGCCAAGCCAAGGGAUGGGCGAUGGUGACUACAUGUAUGCGUUUCAACAAGUGGUCAUGCCUAUUGCGCAGGAGUUUGAUCCAGAUUUGGUGAUCAUUGCUUCUGGUUUUGAUGCGGCUGUUGGUGAUGAGCUCGGAGGAUGCUUCGUUACACCAGCUUGCUACGCGCAUAUGACACAUAUGCUUAUGAAGUUAGCUCAUGGCAAGGUUGCCGUGUGUUUGGAGGGCGGUUAUAAUUUGAGAUCAAUCUCGAAAUCUGCUCUUGCAGUCACAAAAACCCUGAUGGGAGACCCUCCUGACCGAUUACUUUCGACCACUCCUUCUGACGCCGCGAUUUCUGCGGUGCGACGGGUUAUCAUGAUCCAGUCUCAUUACUGGCAUUGCAUGUAUCCGAAAGCUCCUCAAGGAGAAGGCUUGUGGACAGACAGGCUCCAUGAUAUCAUACGCGCAUACCAGGCUAAGCAGCUUUAUGAUAGCUUCAAGCUUACUUCUCUUUACAUCUAUCGAACUUCUAUAUCGAAGUCAUUUGAGAAUCAAGUUUUGGCGACUGCCAACUACUAUCAAGCCACUCCGCUUCUGGUGUUCUUUCACGAUCCACCCGAAGUCAUGGGAUUGCCCCAUCCAGUUACCAACAAAAUCGAGGCACACAAUUGCUGGCUUGCUGAUGUAAUGAAGGACUAUAUUGAGUGGGCUGUUGGCAGGGGCUAUGCCGUUAUUGACGUGAACAUCCCAAAGCAUGUCACAACAGAGUCUAAGUCGUCCAGUAGAUACGAGGAUGAGGAUGGGAACAGACCAACUGCUACUGAAGAGUUAGCUGGGUACCUCUGGGAUAAUUAUAUUGAGCUCAAUGAAGCCACAGAAAUAUUCUUUAUCGGAAUCGGGAACGCUUUUUAUGGAGUUGCCAACCUUCUGAUCAAUAGAGAGGCACUCUAUCAGCGAGUCAACGGAGUUAUCUCUUUCGUUGCCGAAAAUCCCGUUCGUGCGGUUGCCUCUCAUACCCAGGUUUGGUUAUCAAGAUGGUAUAAAGACAACUCUCUCGUCUUCGUUUCGCACACCCACGGUGUAUGGAAGAAUACAGAAAACCGACGUAAACCAUCGAAGCGUUACGGCCACCUCCUUCAGUCACCCAAGUCAGGACUCAGCGAAAUGCUGAUGCAUCACAAAGAUGAGGUGUUCCAAUGGAUUCAAAGUCGUGCUGAGCAACCCGACAGUGAUGAGACGGAAGAAGAGAAGCCUAAAAGCAGGUCACCCACAAAGGACAAGGGUUCGGGGACCACCCCGAAACCCUAG